UUUAGCAACGGUCAGUUGCUAAAAGAAAGCCAGCCGCUUCCGUGUUGUUCUGGUGUUAUUCUGGUUGAAAACAGUCGUUAGCGCGGUCAGAGCUGACCUGACAGCCUCUCUGCGGGGUUAUUAUCAUGGUUCUGUGAAGCUUGGAGAUAUUUUCACCUCAUUUUCCCCGAAAUGUCGCUGCUGCAGAGCUCCAAGAAGAAAGACAAGCGCAUUCUGUGCGGUACCUGCCCGGACCCGAAAUGCCAGGCGCGGCUCUUCUUCCCCGCUCACGGCUCCAUCAGCAUCGAGUGCACGGAGUGCGGCCAGCGGCACGAGCAGAGCGGCCUGCUGAACGUGGAGGAGGUCACCGACCCGGACGUGGUGCUCCACAACCUGCUCAGAAACGCCCUGCUCGGCGUCACCGGGGCCCCGAAGAAGGGGACCGAGCUGGUGAAGGUGAUGGGGCUGUCCAACUACCACUGCAAGCUGCUGUCCCCGGUGCUGACCCGCUACGGCAUGGACAAACAGACCGGCAGCGCCAAACUGCUGAAAGAUAUGAACCAGGGUGAGAUCUUUGACUGCUCCCUGCUGGGGGACCGUGCCUUCCUGAUAGAGCCGGACCAUGUCACCACCAUGGGGUACGGCAAAGACCGCUCCGGGAGCCUGAUCUACCUCCACGACACCCUGGAGGAGAUAAAGAAGGCCAAUGGCAACAGAGAGUGUCUCAUCCCGGUGCACGUGGACGGAGAUGGACACUGCCUGGUCCACGCCGUGUCCAGAGCCCUGGUGGGCAGGGAACUGUUCUGGCACGCACUGAGAGAAAACCUCAAGCAGAACUUCAAGCAGAACCUGGAUUGCUACAAAAACCUGUUCCAGGACUUCAUUGAUGCCGCAGAGUGGGAGGACAUCAUCAAUGAGUGCGACCCUCUGUUCAUCCCCCCCGAAGGCGUCCCACUGGGACUGCGUAACAUCCACAUAUUCGGGCUGGCCAACGUCCUCCACCGGCCCAUCGUCCUGCUGGACUCCAUGAGCGGGAUGAGGAGCUCUGGCGACUACUCUGCCACCUUCUUGCCCGGACUUGUCCCAGAGGAACAGUGCAAGGGGAAGGACGGGAAGCCGAACAAACCCAUCUGCAUCGCCUGGAGCAGCUCCGGCAGGAACCACUACGUUCCCCUGGUGGGCAUCAAGAACACGGUUCUCCCCAAGCUGCCGCCCCGCCUGCUGCCGAAGGCCUGGGGCGUCCCGCAGGAGCUGAUCAGGAAGUACAUCAAGCUGGAGCCGGACGGGAGCUGCGUGAUCGGAGGUGACCGCAGCCUGCAGGAUAAGUACCUGAUGCGGCUGGUGAACGCCAUGGAGGAGGUGUUCAUGGAGAAGCACAGCAUCCACCCGUCGCUGGUGGCCGACGUUCACCAGUACGUCUACCGGCGGACCGGCGUGAUUGGCGUCCAACCGGAGGAGGUGACGGAGGCGGCCAAGAAGUCCGUGAUGGAGAACCGUCUGCACCGCUGCCUUAUCUGUGGCGCCCUCUCUGAGCUACACAUCCCGUCCGAGUGGCUGGUACCAGGCGGGAAGCUGUACAACCUGGCCAAGUCCACGCACGGACAGCUGCGGCCCGACAAGAACUACAGCUUCCCCCUCAACAACGUGGUGUGCUCCUACGACCCCCACAGGGACUUCCUGGUCCCGGACUACAAACUGAGCUCCCUGAACACCUGCACCUGGUGCCACGGGACGUCGGUGCGGCACAUCCGCGGGAACGGGUCAGUGGUGUACCUGGACGGGGACAGAACCAACAGCCGGUCGCAGGGAGGAAAGUGUGGCUGUGGCUUCAAGCACUACUGGGAUGGGAAGGAGUACGACAAUCUGCCCGAAGCCUUCCCCAUCACCCUGGAGUGGGGGGGCAGGGUGGUCCGGGAGACCGUGUACUGGUUCCAGCACGAGACGGACCCGACGCUGAACAGCAACGUGUACGACGUGGCCAUGAAGCUGGUCACCAAGCACUUCCCUGGAGAGUUUGGCAGUGAGAUCCUGGUGCAGAAGGUGGUGAACACCAUCCUGCACCACACGGCCAAGAAGAACCCGGAUGAGUACAACCCGGUGUCCAUCGACGGGGCCCACGCCCAUCGCCUCGGCGACGGGACGGAGGUGCCGCCGCCACCGGACCCCCAGCUGCCCACCAAGAUCAUCCUGACGGGUCAGAAAGCCAAGACCCUCCACAAGGAGGAGCUGACGAUGAGCCGGGCGGAGCGCAGCCUCCAGCAGAGCAUCAGUGAGCAGGCCUUCGUCUCCCAGAAGAGACGCUCCGACAAGCUAAAGCACGACCCCAAAGGUCAGGGCCGGACCUCGUCCCCCAGCGGCUCCCCGGAAACCUCCUCCUCCUCGGCCCCCGCCACCCCCACCAAGACCUCCUCUCCCUCCUCCUCCUCCAACAAGGAGAAGAAGAUCCGGGUGACGACCAGCGACGGGCGGCAGGCCAUGCUCACCCUGCCGGCCCUCACCACCUUCGCGGAGCUGCGCCGGAGCAUCGCCAAGCAGUUCGAUGUGCCGCCGCCGCAGCAGUGCAUCCGUUACGGCUUCCCCCCCAAAGAGCUGCUGCCGCCCCGGGACGGCGAGGAGAACGAGCCGGUGGCCCUGCAGCACGGCGACAGGGUGACGGUGGAGAUCCUGAAGGGCCCUGAGGACAGGGGCCCCGGGGCCCCCAUCACCAGGGCGACCAGCUCGCACUCCGCCCUGCACUCGGCGAAGAGCGACGACGCGGUGACGGUUGGCCGGACGAGCAGCCGGGAGAUCCAGGAGAGCAUCGACCUGGAGAUGUCCUCCCUCUGUCUCCUAGCAACCCUGAUGGGCGAGGACGUUUGGUCGUACGCCAAGAAGCUGCCGCACUUGUUCCAGCAGGGCGGCGUCUUCUACAACAUCGUCAAGAAAGACAUGGGCCUCAUGGACGGGAAGCAUUGCACGCUGCCUCACCUGACGGGGAAAACCUUCGUCUACAACGCGGUGGAGGAGCGGCUGGAGCUCUGUGUGGACGCCGCGGGUCACUUCCCGGUCGGGCCGGACGUGGAGGAGCUGGUGAGGGAGGCGGUGCUGCAGCUGCGCUCCGAGGCGGCCUCUAGGGGCAGCAGAGAGGGCAGCCCGUCCCACGGCGUCCUGCGGCUGGGCAGCGGCGGCGUCGUCCGCAAGAAGGAGCAGCUGCAGAGCGUCACCGCCUUCCAGGGCAAAGGUCACUCCCUAGGGAGCGCCGGAGGCUCCUCCCCUCCAGAGCACCGGCCAAUCACGCGGCAGCACAGCAGCGGCGUGGACCUGAGCGCCAGCGUGUCCAGAGGAGCGCCGGACCUGUCGGACAUUCCCGAGGACGCCACCAGAGAGCUGGUCCGCAUGGCGCCGGGCUUCGUGGCCAGCAGGGACGGCCGCGCUCCCGACCCGGGUCUGAUGGAGCAGCAGCGCCGCAAGCUGCAGGAGAUGGUGUCCUCCAUCCAGGCCUCCAUGGAGCGCCACCUGAAGGAGCAGCAGGACGCUGCGGGCGCCGUGGGCGGGGCCAGCCAGGAGCGAACUGCUGGAACCAAACCCAGCACCGCGGCCGCCACCGGGGGCAAACCGGAGGAGCCAGAGGAAAUGGAGAGCCAGGAGGCUGGGCAGGGCAACGCCAGCGAACCCAUGGACCACUCCUGAUGGGGCCGCCGCCGCCGCGCUGCCUCCGCCCCCUGACCGCCGCCUGCUGCCCCGCCGCAGGCCGGACCCCAAAGCUUAGGUCUUUAUUACGUCGCGUCGUCUUUGCUGCAUGACUGAGGAGCGAACUGACCGCCCUGCUGCUGCCGCGGCAACCGUCACUGAGCUGAGACACGGAGACGGUCCGUCUGCGGCGCAUCGUCUGUCCGCCACUGUCCGUGUCUUUACUUCCUAACUCUCUCACCUCAGAGGCAGGAAGUAAAUCCAGAGCAAACGGAUUUAUUUCCUUCUUCAGGAGAACUGUCCCUCCAGCUGACGGCUCCCAGUGUUCCCAGUUACCUGGAAGCUGCCCGGAUUGUAUCUCCAGCCUUCUGAGUCCCUCCUUCAGACGCCAAUUCUUCCUGCACCGAAGAACCCGGUCAGAUUAAAGAGCCGGACACUUCCUGUCUGUACAGGAAGUGAUAAUUGGCCCACAGAGGAGACGCCCCGUAUAACCGCUUUCAUUGUUCAACUCUGCUGCCUUCAUCACCAACACCUGCUUUGCUCCACCGCCUGUCUGAAGAAUGCUGGACUCCUGAAGCCGUCAAACUGCGCCACCUGCAGGCAGGAAGGAGCUCCUGCAGAGGCUUACAGGUUCAACCAGAGUGAGCUUCAGGUCUCUGCCGACUGCUGGAGACGCAGGCGAGUGACCAAUUAAAGGAAAACACCGACUGAAGGAAACGUUUCUCCUGAAUGAACUUAGUCCAGCUGAGGUUUUAGAUUUGUAGGAAUCCGUUCACAGCCAAUCAGAGAACCGGUUGGAUUUGGUUCUGUUCUGUUCUGAGUGAGUCACUUUAAUUAAACACUAAAUGAGUUCACAGGUAGAUAUUAUUAGAUUGUACAGCAGUGUGUGCCACUUGCUUAAUAAAACAUUAAGUGUUAAUAAUAAUAAUAGUUUCUACGUACAACUUCAGCUGUUUUUUAUGCACAGAAGCCAUAUUGGAUUGUGAACCUCUGAGAUUCUUUCUGGUUUUUCUCACUGAAACCUGCAAAUCAAACCUUCAGGCCAAUUUAUUUUCUUGUUUGUUCUGUUGAGUUUUGAUCUCAGUUUUGAAGUAAAUAUUUCUAAAACCUGGCUGACAGAGUUCUGAUCAGAGGCCGUUUCCCAGAUGACAAGCCAACCCAACAAGCAUUUACUGAGUGUUGAGUGGUGUGUUCAUCCACAGGAACCGCAUCACGUCCUCCAUGCAGGUCUAAACUCAGAUCAGCCUCCCACUUCCUGCUAGUUUGACUUUCUGAAGGCUUCGUCGUUCUGGAGGGUUCAGCAGUUUGUAAUUCCUUUAAUUCAUCACUCGUCUGUUGAAUGUAAAAACGGAAAUGCCAAAGAGAGAAACGUUUUCUGAUCGGCAUUUUAGAGACGUUUAAUUUGAGGAUUCAGACUGAGGCGGGUUGACCUGGAGGUCAGUUUAUGCAGCAACUUUUACAGAUAAAUAUGUUUGUUUUUCUUCAGUUCAAAAUCUCCAUAACAACAAUUUUUAACCUUUUUGUCUCCAUAAAGUCGAUUCUAACAGCAGUUUGAAGCUGAAGCUCCUGUUGCCAAAACCAGAAGUCAGAAAAAACAACGUGAAGGAGCAGAGAAGGUAGAGGGGAUGGCUCCCCCUGCUGGAGAGAAAACCUCAGUGCAGUUCUUCUUGUUUGAAGAUAUUUAAGUAAAUAUGUCAAAUAAAUCAAGUUUAGAUUAAAAAAAUGUCUGGCGAUUCAAAGACGUCAACAAAGAACAAAUUUCCUAAAAAGGUGAUUUAUUUCUCUUGUGGAUGUUUUUUUUUUUUGUAUUAUUUAUUUUUUGAAUUGUUUUGAGUUUGAAGCUUCUGGUCAAACCUGAUUUUAUUUUUUUAUUUCUGGGCUCUUAAAGCUGAACAGAACUUCCCUCCAUCCGGACCUGAACUUCUGUUUAAACAGCAGCCAAAGAAAACCAGGUUAAAGUUGCUCCUUAUGUUUGUGUUUCUGCCAACAUUUCACCAAAUUACAAAAAAAAUAAAUAAGAGUUGGGAAGCUCAGAGGUUUUGUCGGGUUACAGGAAGCGUUUGAUCUGUUUUAUUUUUCUGGAGAGUUUUUCUGACGUUUGUUUGACAAACGGGAACCGAUCAGAACAAACCGUUUCCCCUCCAGAACCUGGCUCAGGUUUUCAGGACGGCGCCACCUGCUGGACCUGAACACUGCUCCAGCACCAGAACACCAAAGGUCCACAUGAUGGGUUCUGGAAGAACUGGAUUAUGUCACAUCUCAGGUUCUGGUUGGGCUCCCGGUUCCUACAGGAAACACAUUUCCACCACGACUUUCCUCACUUUUCGCAUAAAACUCAUGAAAAGGUUGGAGUUCAGUUUAAAUCUUUUGUUUCUGCAGCUGAAGUUUGAAACGAUCAACAUCCUGAUUUUUAAUGUUUCCUCUUUUCUUUUAUUGCUAUAAACUAUAAAGCUUCUUAUUUUCUUGAACUCGUCUCUCACAGUGACCCUGAGUUUGUUUUACUCAAAGCUUUCUGAUGCUCAUGCUUUGUGAUGAGGAGGUGGUUGCCAUGACGACACCUGAUUAGUUUUUACUUAACUUGACGAAACUCAAUCAUUUAACAUUUAGAAAGUUAGUCUGAGUUUGUUCUGUAAGGGAAGCUGAUGUUUACCACCAGUGAUCAGGUUUCUCUCCAUCUGUUCUGGUUCUGUUCUGGUUUGGUUUUGGUUCUGUUUUGGUUCUGUUUAGUUUGGUUUUGGUUCUGCUUUGGUUCUUUUCUCAGAAAUCAUCAGUUUUAAAGUGUUACUGUUUAAUUUUUUUGUUUUUCUGCCUCUCAGCUCAGUUUUCUGCUCCUGGUUGAAGUGAAGUAAAACUCGGUACUUUGAAGUUGUUGAACCCGAGCAGGAAGGACACUUCGGAUCAGAACCUCCUGCUGUCACCGACCCGCGGCUCCUCUGUGUUCCUGCUGUAUUAUAGUACAUAAUGUAGAAUAUUUGGACCUGUACAGAAACCGCUCCGUUUGGUUCUUUUGGAUCUGCUGUCUGGUUGCUAAUAAAACGCUGACGAUACUCUGCUUCCACGUCGCUGUUUGCAUGAAAACUUCUCAGCUCCACCAAUAAAAUCAUUUCCUCCA